AUGAUUGCCUUAGGUGGCUGUAUCGGUACCGGAUUCUUUAUCGGAUCGGGUGUAACGUUGCUGGAAGCAGGACCAGGCUCUCUUUUAAUUGGAUACCUAGCAAUGUCUAUAGUGAUGUUUUUUGUGAUGAAUAUUUUAGGAGAAAUGACCACAUUUUUACCUAUAGCAGGAAAUGGAGCUCAGACGUUUGUUGGAAGCUAUUUCGAAGAGUCUUUAGGUUUUGCUAUUGGCUACAAUUAUUGGUAUGCGUUUGCUAUCCUUGUGGCUACUGAAAUUACCGCAGCCGCUAUUAUUAUAGAAUACUGGAUCACCUCUAUUAACAUUGCAGUUUGGAUCUCAAUAUUUUUGGCUCUUUUAUUGCUACUUAACAUGUGUUCAGUGAAGGUCUAUGGUGAGUCUGAAUUUUGGUUUUCUUCAAUAAAAAUAUUCACUUUAGUUGGUUUGUUUAUUCUCGGUGUGGUCCUAUUUUUUGGAGGUGGACCGAACCAUGAUAGACUAGGAUUUAGGUUUUGGAGACAGAACAUGGCAUUUAAAGAGCACUUGGAAAAAGGUUCAACAGGAAGAUUUCUUGGAGUUUGGACUUCAAUCAUAAAGGCUGGAUUCUCGUUCGUUUGUUCCCCUGAAUCAGUAUCUGUGGCAGGAUCAGAGAGCCUGAAACCAAGAAGAAAUAUUCCAAAAGCUUGCAACCGCUUCAAGUACCGUUUGGCCUUCUUCUAUGUUUUUGGCAGCUUGAUUAUUGGUGUUAUAUGUAGCUCCGAAAGCCAUAAACUCCUCGGUGCUUCUAAAGAUGCAUCUGCUUCUCCAUUCGUUAUCGGUAUACAGAAUGCAGGGAUACCAGUACUUAAUCACAUCAUUAAUGCUGCUAUUCUUACUUCAGCUCUUUCCUCUGGUAAUUCAUUCUUGUAUGCUGCAUCAAGGACCCUUUAUUCGCUAUCCAGAAAGAAAAUGGCUCCCAAAGUAUUUUCUACCAUUAAUCGCUACGGGGUUCCUUAUUGGUCAGUUUUAGUCUCCUGGUUCGUGGGAUGUCUAGCGUAUCUCAAUUGCUCAAGCAAUUCGGCCAGUGUUUUCGCUUGGUUCACUAAUAUUUCAACUAUUUCUGGUUUUAUAAGCUGGAUCGCCGUUUCACUAGCAUAUUUAAGAUGGAGAAAAGCAAUUAGAUACCAGAAUCUAGAGGAUAGAGUCACUUAUAAGACAUGGCUACAACCAUAUGGAACAUACUUUGUGCUUAUUUUCGUCACUAUCAUAACCAUUACAAAUGGCUACGCUUCUUUCAUUGGUGGUUUUGAUGUAGCAGACUUUAUUGCUGCUUACGUAGCUUUUCCCAUUAUAAUAUUUCUUUAUGUUGGCCACAAACUUUAUCGUUAUUCGAAAGGCAAAACAUUAAGGUUUGUGAACCCAAUCGACGAAAUAGACCUUACAAGAGAUUUAGAGGAGAUCGAGGAAGAAGAUAAAAACACGAAAGAAGCUGAAGCGAAAAAUUUUGCAGAGAAGGUUUGGAAAUGGGUAGCCUAG